CAAUCGCAAUGGCGUACAAGCGGCCCCGCGCCUCGUCCCCCUCGCCCGCCCCCAAGCGCUCCCGCCAUGCGCCCGCCACAUACGUCUCCUUGGGCACAGAGCUCCCCGACGAGGAAGCCGACCAUGGCGCCUUUGUGCCCGUCUGGAAGCAGACCGUGACCGACGAGCGCGGCAGGCGGAGGCUGCACGGCGCAUUUACCGGAGGCUUCAGUGCAGGUCGGGUCUAAGCAAGGAUGGACCCCAAAAACAUUUGUCUCCUCGCGGGCCAACCGCGCCAAAGACCAGUCUGCAGGCCAGCCCCAACGAGCAGAGGACUUUAUGGAUGAAGAGGACCUGGCCGCAGCCGCCGAGUCGCGCCAGCUCGAGACCGCCCACAACUUUGCUGGCAUUGGCGGCUCGGCACAAGCCAACGACAAUGGCUUCUUCGGCCUGUUCAUGACCCAGGAAGAGACCAUGGGCGUAAAGCUUGCCCAAAAAAUGGGCUGGCGACGGCAUCAGGGCAUCGGUCGCAAAGUGCGCCGGAAUGCCGACCUGGAAGACGGCGCAGCCCGCUCCACCCAAGACUCUACGCAUUUAUUUGCGCCCCGAGAUGCUCGCAUCAUGGCCAUGCCGCCGGGGGAUGUGCGCCGCAAGGGCUUGGGGUAUACAUCGGAAGCGCGCCUCGGCGUUGUGCAAGACGAAGAGGCCGAGGACCGCUCUUCGAAAUUCAGUCUCCACUAUAUUGAAGGCCCCAAGAAGGCGCCGGCGGUGAAGAAACCCGCGACCAAGAAGUCCUCGUUUGGCGUCGGCGUCCUCAACGAUACCGGCUCCGACGACGAAGACCCGUACGAACUGGGCCCCAAGAUCACCUUCAACAAGACUAUCGGCAAGGAUAAGAAGGCGAAAAAGCCAAGCAAGUUCGCCAAGCCAGGAGCUGGAGAGAAGCACGUGUUUGUGUCCAAAAAGAGUACUUCGAAAGCUUUGGUUUUGACGAGCCGACCAUCUAUCGACGGCAAAUCGCCGCUCAAGGGGUUCGUCUUUGCAAGCAGCUUUUCACAUGUCACGAGCAAACCAAAGUACCCGCCACCAAAGAUACCCCCAGGUUGGAAGUCUGCCAAAAGCGCCGCUCCAGCGUCGGAAUCCAAAGAGUAUCAGUCCGUCGCAGACGCGGCAAAAGCAUCGACUCUCAACGCAAAAGACCGCUCGGUCCUACUUGGCGAGAAGCCUCUGCCUGGAAAGUCAAUCUUCGAUUUCAUACCCAAGGAUGCUCGCGAUCGUCUCGCAGCACUAUCUGGCAAGGCCGAUCUUCCCCAGGGUCUUGGAGAGUCUGCCCCAGAGGGACACUUGGCAGCCAACAAGGCCCAGGCAAAAGAUUUAUGGAGCCUUGUUCCCGCGCUUGAAAAGAGCUCAGCUGCGGGUGCUCUGGCAAAAGGUGCAACUGGCUGGAUGCCCUAUGCAGAAGACCUGGACAAGCGCGCGCGAUAUGUUGGCUUCUUACAGCUGCGGGCUGGGCUCAAAGACGACUUGCCAGAACGUCCUGACGGCGUCUCCGUGUCGGAUUGGGUCAAGGAGCUGCAGGAGUUUGCUCAUGCGGCACAGGUAUUCAAGCCAACGACUGGCAUCAUGGCAUCCCGAUUCACCUCUUCAUCGUCCACAAUAGGCGGAAACAGUGGUGCAGCAAGCGACAAUCUUUUGCGGCAACCCGUGGCAAAACCAGAGGACCCGGCUGAAUCCGCUGCAAGACUGGGCAUGUACGGUCCCAUGACGCGGAGCACUUUUCCCUUUCAUCCUUCGCGUCUUCUCUGCAAGCGCUUCAACGUCAAGCCUCCACCCGACAUGCCAUCCGAGUUUGACGACGGCGAAAGCAGCUUCAAGCCACAGACGGAAGAAGCCUUGUCCAAGUCGACAAUGGAUAGACUGCAGCACGAGUUCUUGACCAAUGGCUCUGCUCUUCAGCGCCCAGCGUGGAUGAACCAACCAGCCGAGGCGUCUGUCCCCUCUGCUGCUGUCCCGCAGACUGAACAUGCAACAGUGGAUGUAGAGAAGAACGAUGCGCUUUCAAAUGAGAGGGCGUCGGAAGACGUGUUCAAGGCCAUUUUCGGCGAUGAUGAUGAUGACGACGACGAGGAUUGAGCCUUGGCACUAUGUAUCUGCACCAGCGUAUCAUGAUAGACGUGUUGAGUAGCCAUCCGUUCGACGUGUAGGAUUAAUAAUUUACUACUUUAC